CUUAGCUAAACAUGCCAGCUAGCUCACGUUACAUUAGCCAGUGUGUUAGCUAGCUAGCUAGCAACCUGCUUACCGUCCAGUCUGACACCCGUAGCGAAUGAAUCUGAAUUUUCUGAAUGGCGUGUUUGUCAUUAUGGACGAUUGUAAACAGUUAUGUUCAUCCCUGUACUUUGCUUUUGAUUUGUUUUAAAGCGCAGGGUUAAUCGCAUUUUGGUAGCGAGUGCUUGCUAGUUUAGCUAGCUACCUGCUAGCUUGCUAACCAUUUGCUCAGACCUUUUCUGACCGUCGUCCUUUGACUUUGGCCCGAAAAAGUUUACUCUUUUUUUCCAGGUCACUACACGGACUACAUCUAGUAAAACGACAUUCGAAGGUAUCACAUCUACAAUCAAGACGCCAAGAUGUCAAUAUUAGGCUUAAAAAAGAAACAACCAAAGACUUUCAAGGUUAAAGUCAUUACUAUGGAUGCUGAAGUGGAGUUCAGCUGUGAGGUGAAGUGGAAAGGGAAAGACUUGUUUGAUCUGGUGUGUCGCACUGUGGGCUUGAGGGAAACUUGGUUCUUUGGGCUCAGGUACAUGGUCAAGGACACGUAUGCCUGGCUCAAGACAGAGAAACGGGUACUAGAUCAAGAGGUUCCGAAGGACUCGCCCAUAACGUUUCAUUUCCUGGCCAAGUUUUUCCCAGAGAAGGUGGAACUGGAGUUGGUCCAGGAAAUAACUCAGCAUCUCUUCUUUCUGCAGGUGAAAAAACAGAUUUUAGAUGAAGAGAUAUUCUGUUCCCCUGAAGCCUCUGUCCUCCUCGCAUCCUAUGCAGUUCAGGCCAAGUAUGGAGACUAUGACCCAAACUUCCACAAGCCAGGGUUCCUGGCCCAAGAUGAGCUCCUGCCCAAAAGUGUCCUGAUGCAGUACCAGAUGACAGCAGACAUGUGGGAGGAGAAGAUCACAGCCUGGUACGCUGAACACAGAGGCAUCGCCAGAGAUGAGGCUGAGAUGGAUUAUCUGAAGAUCGCUCAGGAUCUGGAGAUGUAUGGAGUCAGCUACUUUGCCAUCACUCAAAACAAGAGGGACACAGACCUGCUUCUGGGAGUGGCUGCCCAAGGUCUUCAUAUCUACAGCCCCAACAGCAAACUGAACCCCAACAAGUCCUUCACCUGGAGCGGCAUCCGCAACAUCUCCUACAGCGAGAAAGAGUUCACGAUAAAGCCUCUGGACAAGAAGAUGGAUGUGUUCAAAUUCUACUCCUCCCAACUGAGAGUCAACAAAUUGAUUCUGCAGCUUUGCAUCGGUAACCACGACCUCUUCAUGCGGAGGAGGAAGGUGGACUCCAUCGAGGUGCAGCAGAUGAAGGCUCAGGCUAAAGAGGAAAAGGCCAGGAAGAAGGUGGAGCGUCAGAUCCUGGCUCGGGAGAAGCAGAUGAGGGAAGAGGCGGAGCGAGCGAAGGACGAGAUGGAGCGCCGGCUGUUCCAGCUGCAGGACGAGGCUCGGCUGGCCAAUGAGGCGCUGCUGCGCUCGGAGGAGGCGGCCGACCUGCUGGCGGAGAAAGCCACCAUUGCGUCCGAGGAGGCCAAGCUGCUGGCCCACAAGGCUGCCGAUGCGGAGCAGGAGAGGCAGAGGCUGGAGGUCACCGCCCUCAAGACUAAGGAGGAGAAGAGGCUCAUGGAGCAGAAGAUGAGAGAGGCCGAGCAGCUGGCAGUCAAACUGGUGGAGCAGUCUGAGAGGAGGUCGAAGGAGGCGGACCACUUGAAGCAGGACCUGAACGAGGCGAAGGAUGCCGAGAGGAGAGCCAAGCAGAAGCUGCUGGACAUAACCAAGACCACAUACCCGCUCAUAGCAGCGUACUCCACCCCGCCGCCUCCCCCUGAGACGGGAGACCUGGCCUACGAGCCCGAGUCCAUGAGGCUGGACUUCAAGGACUCCGACAUGAAGAGGCUGUCCAUGGAGAUAGAGAGGGAGAGACUAGAGUACAUGGAGAAGAGUAAGCACCUGCAGGACCAGCUGAAGGAGCUCAAGUCAGAGAUCGAGUCUCUGAAGCUUGAGGAGCAGCAGCAGCAUUUGGCUGGGUACAGCCUCCACAGUGAGGCCAGGGGCUACCUCCCCGAGCCUCCCUACAUACCCCACAGCAACAGGAACUCGGCCUACAUGGCCCAGAUGGCCUUCUUCGAGGAGGUGUGAUCCAGUGUCGUCGUCCCCCCCCCGUCCCCCCAAGGAGGACAUGGACAAAGGGGCGAGGCGUCGACCGUGACCUACUGACUCACUGCUGCUUGCUACCAAGACGUGCCUACUCAUUUCUGGAGAGAAGAAACACCCUUUCACGCAUGCUCCCCGUGAGCCACAGAACACAGACAGGAGCCGUGGGCUCUCAGAGAACAGGAGGGCCAGUGUGUGGGGAUGCUAGCCCACAGCUAGGUGUGCAGUCCUCUAUGCUCCUGGCUGCCCCUCAGGUUGGUGCUGUGGUCUCAGGACCAGGGUGCUGAUGCUGUGUGCGUACCUGACGCUAGCUGUGACCAUGCCAUAUGGUGUGGUUGACUGAUUAUGCUAGUGAAUGGUGAUCUUUAUAUUUUUAAGGUUUGUGUGUGUGUGUUGCUGACGGCAGUGACAGGAACUGUCUCUGUGAGCUCCAGAUUCAGGGCCCAGACUCCAUCCUUCAAGAAAUAGCGGUGUUACGGCGCAGUAUAUUUUCACUGUUUGUGUUUUACUUGCUUUUUGUUGGUAGCCCUUGAUGCUUGGUUCCUGGUCAGCCUUGCCCAACAGUAGCUUUUCAUGCGCCAAUGUAUUGUAUCAUGCUUGGUUGUAGAAACAAAUGAACCUAAACAUUCAGCUAAGAUGUCAUUUCAAGUGUUUGUUUUUUUAUUAUUAUUUGUAUUAUUAUUAUUAUUAAGAUCAGUAGUC